AUGAGAAAGCUAAGGCUUACAGAGAAGUUAUGUCACUUACUAGAGACAUCGUCUCAUCACCGUUCAAAGAGAAAAGCAUCGUUGAACGUACUGUUUGGUUUCGGUUUUGUCUUUGGAGCUUCAGUAUUAGUUCUAACAGCUAUUAUUAUGUUCCCAUCUAUUUCUUCGUCCAUAAUUAAUCCCGUGCUUCAAAAUAAUUAUGUCAAACCGGAAGAACAAUACUCUUCUAGUACUACCAUUAGCAUUGGCAUUCCUGCUGCCUCUCCAGAGUUAUCGAGCAACUUCACCUUUGAUGAACUAUCCGAUACAAACCUCACAGAAACCAGUUUUGAAGGCACACAUGUUGGUCCCAAUAAUCUAACUACAUCGGAAGAGUUGUUAGGUACGAAUAAAGACAAUGUUACUACGACCUCCAGUAAUUUAUCCAGUGAUGGCGACAGUAGCAGACCAAAUGAUGAGAAGAAACAAAGUGAUGUUGAUGAGGAUGUGGAUCAAUAUUCUUAUAGUGAUUGCGAUAUGUUUGAGGGAGAAUGGCUAAAGGUCGAGGAUCGAAAUCUAUAUUAUCCACCUGGUUCAUGCCCAUAUCUCACUAGACAGUCUUUCUCUUGUCAAGACAAUGGAAGACCUGAUGAUCAGUACCUCCAGUGGCAAUGGGAAUGGCUGUCAAAACAAACAAAUCCAAGGUGUAAUGAUAUCCCCAGCAUUCUGAAUGCAACUGAUUUUCUGGUGAGAUUGAGAGGGAAAAAGUUGGUGUUUGUUGGGGAUUCUUUAAAUAACAAGACCAAAGUUUCUUCCCCUCCUGGGAAAUUCGAGUCAAGAGGAGAUUCUUCAGUGUUAUAUGAGGACUACAAUUGUACGAUAGUAUUUGUCUGGUCUUCGUUUUUGGUGCACGAAACAAAUCCAAUUAGCCGCAGAAACAACAGUUUGUUAAUUCAGGAGCCAGAGACUUUAAGACUGGACUUGAUUGAUGACAUUGUAGCAUCGGUAUAUCGUGAUGCCGACGUUAUAGUUUUCGAUUCAUUUCAUUGGUGGGUUGAUGCAAAAACUAAUAAUGGAGGAGGGAGAUGGAACACAGGUGGACACUGUAACUUAGAAACAGAGCCGAUCAUGAGUAACGAAACAUAUGUACCAUCUUUCCCCCGGGAAGUGAAAAUACUAGAAAAUACUCUUCGGAAAAUGAAGACUCCUGUUAUAUAUCUGAAUGUCAGUAAACUUACUUACUAUCGAGCCGAUGCACACCCUUCUGCAUAUGCAAAGAAUUUAACUGCUGAAGAGAGAAUUGCAGCAAUGAAUUUUCAGGAUUGUAGUCAUUGGUGCUUACCAGGUGUACCUGAUACUUGGAAUGAGUUGUUGUAUGCUUCUUUGUUGAAAGCCGGAAAAGGAUCUUUUGGCGGACGUUAUUAA